ACUGAAGCUUUUAAUUUGAAAGGAUCGCUCAGAACGUGACGUCAUACUUAUUUCCGGCGGAGCGUCUUCAGUGUGACACCAUGAAGAGUGAAGACCGCGUCACGAAGAGCCGCGAAAACUGCGAGUACACCAGCUGCUACUGUGAGGAAAAUGUUUGGAAACUCUGUGAUUCUGUCAGAACCGACAGAACCGGCCCGCUGGACCAGCUGUACGUGAUUUUCAUCUCGAAUGAGAAAAGAACGGUUCCUCUGUGGAAGCAGAGAUCUGGACACGGAGACCAGCCAGUGAUCUGGGAUUACCACGUCAUCCUGAUGCAGGUCGGGCUGCAGUCGGACUCUCUGGUUUACGAUCUGGACUCGGAGCUGUCGUUCCCCGUCAGCCUGCAGCGGUACGCCGCCCAGGCCCUCCGCUCAGACCGCAACAUCAAACCUGAAUACCACAGGAAGUUGCGUGUGGUACCUGCUGACAGCUUCCUGUUGCACUUUGCGUCUGAUCGCUCUCACAUGAUGAACCCCGAUGGCUCGUGGAAGAUGCCCCCCCCACUCUACCCCCCCAUACACACUGCAGCGUGUCAGAUGAACCUGGAUGACUUCAUCAGCAUGAACCCUGCUGUGGGCUGGGGGCGGGUCUUCAGCCUGGAGCACUUCCUGCAGAGAUACACAGGAAGCUCCUCGCCAUCAUCGUAGCUGUGCAGUCAGCAUCACAGCGCCUCCUGCUGGUCACUCAGGAAACAUGACGGGAUCGUGUGUGGUGACACUUUGUUCUGCACGUGCUCAGUUACAUGCUGUGAAGAAAUCAGAUUACUUUUGAUGGAUUACUGCAGGAGGCUGAAUGGAAACCUGAACAAACGUUUUAAUAAAGUUCUUUAAACGUUGUGGAAA